ACCGGUAUCUGCUUACGCGCUCUUCUUCCGGGACACCCAAGCGGCGAUCAAAGGUAAAAAUCCAAAUGCUAGUUUCGGCGAAGUGUCCAAGAUCGUGGCGUCCAUGUGGGAUUCGUUGGACGCGGAUCACAAAAAUCUCGUUUGCUCWCAGACAUUUUCUCUUAUUAUUUAUAUCAGCAAAGGGAAACAUUUUAAAGAGAAGAAAAGCACUCUCCGCGUCCUGCCGCUGUUCUGUUUCGUUUUUCACAGCUACACAAUCUCUAUACGAAUGAAAAAUAGUAAUCCAUUUUUAGGAGUGCCCUCAGUCAGUUCGAACACAUUAAUAAAACCAAAUACUGAAAAGAGAAAAACAGACAGAGACGAAAAAGACUGUGGUGGUGUAGAAAUGAGG